AUGGAUCUGAAGAUGUUCCUUGUCUUCACUGCAUUUCUUCUUCACGCUACUUUGGGCUUCCCUAUUCAGGAGAACUACGAAAACAGCACAGCAAACUAUGAAAACAGCACAGUAGCUACGCAAGAGGAUAUAUAUGAAUCUCCGUUGCCUGCAGAGACUGACUCUGAGGAAGAAGUUAUUUUUAACAGAAUUCUGGAAGCUAACAAAGACAGCUCUCAAUACUUGCAAGAAGGAGACAUAGUUCCACGAAGGAGUCGCAGUGCCAUCAACUGCCGCAAUUGCAACUGGCCCCAGUCCCGCGAUGGGAUCGUUCGUGUUCCCUAUGUCUUAGAUCCUACUUAUGAGAAGAGCCACAUAAAGGGGAUUCAAGAUGCCAUGGCAGAAUUUGAAACACUGACUUGUAUUAAUUUUGUGAAGCGCAAAACAGAACGUGACUACCUCAGCAUUAGAUCUGCAGAUGGCUGCUGGUCCAACUAUGGGAAAGUAGGAGGUGGACAAACUGUCUCUGUGAUGAAAAGAGGCUGCAUGUGGAAAGGAAUAAUUCAACAUGAACUGGAUCAUGCUCUGGGCUUCUUGCAUGAACAUUCUCGAAGUGACAGGGAUAAACAUGUUAAGAUCAUGUGGGAGUACAUCAGUCCAGGUGACAGAUCAGACUUCAGGAAAUUUGAACACUCCAACAACCUGGGUCUUCCAUAUGACUAUUCCUCAGUAAUGCACUACGGCCCAUACACCUUCAGUAAUACCACUGGGAAAGCAACUAUUGUACCAAUUCCUGAUGGAUCAGUACAUAUUGGACAGAGACAGGGGCUGAGCAACUUGGACGUGGCUAAAAUCAACAAACUUUACAAUUGUAGUCGCUGCAGCACUGUUCUUGAAGCAGCAUCUGGGUCACUGAGAUCUGCCAACUACCCAAGAAAUUACUCAGAUAACACCAACUGUGUCUGGCUCAUCCGAACCCGAUCCAGAAAGAUUUCCCUGCACUUUCAAGCCUUUGAGGUGCAGACAACUAGAGGCUGUCAGAGUGAUUAUGUUAAAGUUUAUGAUGGACCCAGCAAGUCUUCUGCAGUUUUAAUGGACAAGACCUGUGGAUCAAAGCUACCCAAUGAUGUAUUUGCUUCUAGUAAUAUUAUGCUUAUAGAGUUCGUCACAGAUGGUGCUGAAACAGCUUCUGGUUUCCAAGCCAGCUUUUUUUCUGUGAAGGCUCAAAGAAAACCUAGGAUCCGCAACUGACUUAAUGGAGAAGAACCUAUUCUGUGGAUAUUGAAAUUAUGUGUUUCCUACUUUGCUCCUUUUCUGGCUUGGAUCAGUAUGAAAUUUAAUUCUAUUAAGAAUCAAAUUUUUCAUCUUCCUGAGAAAGUUUAUUCCCCAAGCCAUAAAAAUGCAUUAUUUCCAUACCUCUGGCGUACUCCUCCUCUUGUCUGCACAGUUAAGUUAUUACCUCUUUCUAUUUAACAAUUGAAUAAAAAGCUUC